GGAAAAUAUGUAGUUAAUGGUGUAAAAAAGUGUAGUGGGGAAUUACUUAUGUAGUUAGCUGGAACUAGUUCCCGUUGACGAUUUUUUUCAACAGAUUAACUGUCAUUGAGAUCAGGAGAAAUUAUUUCUAGGUACAGCACUGAUGUGUGUAUUUAUUUCUCUCGUAAUGCACUGCGCAGCCGUUAAUUUGAGUUGUAAGGAAAUUGGAGUCCGGCAGUUUUGGUUAUGAAUUUUUGUUAUUAUUUCUUGUAAUUAUAGCACGUUGACUAUGUUAACACAAAUUUUUCGUACUAUUUUCCGAAAUGGGUAUUCCUAUGGAAGUAAAAUAAGUUGCAAUUUAACUGGCAAAGUAUUCCAACAAUUAAGAACUGUCACACCGCAAUGUCAUUCUCAAAAUUUGAUUACUCCAAAUCGGAGUUUCAUGUCAAAGCCAAUUUUAUCAUGUUCAAUUUUAACACAAAUUACAAAUAAACCAUGUGCGUUGUCGACACCUUUAACAAGCAUUAAUACAAAUUUGAAUAAUGUUCAAAAUCCACCAGUACGAACACUAGUAAAAUUUACAAGACAUAAUGGAAAAAGAGUAUCUAAUCCUGAUGUUUUGGAGCGUUUUUACAGACUAAAUUGGGGAAUAUGGAUAAGAACUAGAGCAGGACGGCAUAAGAGAUUAUGGAAAAAGCGAGCAUCAAGAAUUGUAAGGUCUCGUCAACAUGUAUUUUGCAACUCUACUCAAUCAUAUACUUUAGAUAAAAUGGUAACAAAAAAAUGGAGAAAACCUACAUAUUUUGUUGAUGAUCCGUACAACCCUUAUCAUCAACGCGAAGAAUUUUGGGUCACUCGAACUAAGCCCUUACCUUGAAAAUUUUUUAAAAAAUCAUUUAGAUAACUAAAUGUGUAUAGAUUGGUUAUGCUCUACAAUUAAAAGAAUACUUAAUAAAAAUUUGAGGUAAUAAAGAGCAUUUAACAUUA